AUGAAACACGAGAAAGACGAAGGAUGCGAAGGACGAAGGGCGAGAAGGACGAAGGACGAGAAGGACAAAGGACGGGGACGAAGGACGAGAAGGACGAAGGAUGAGAAGGACGAAGAACGAAAACGACGAAGGACCAAAAGGGUGAAGGACGAAAAUACGACGGACGAAAAGGACGAAGGACGACAAGACUUAGAAGGAUGUAGGUCGAGAAGGGCGAAGGACGAAAUGGAGGGAGGACGAAAAGGACGAAGAACGAAAAGUAUGAAAGACGAAAAGGACGAAAGACGAAAAGGACGAAGGACGAAAAGGACAAGAGGAACGAAGGACAAAAACGACGAAGGACGAAGAGGACAAAAAGGACGAAAAACGAAAAUGACCAAGGACGAAAGAGAAAAUAAACGAAGGACGAAAAGAACGAAGGACGAAAAGGACGAAAGACGAGAAAGACCAAGGAUGCAAAGAACGAAGGACGAGGAGGACGAAGGACGAGAAGGACGAAAGACGAGGAGGCCGAAGGACGAAAAGGACGAAGAACGAAAAAUACGAAGGACCAAAAGUACGAAGGACAAAAAGUACGAAGGAUGA